UCACUGGCCGGAAAUUGGCGGUAGUCGGGGAAGAUUGUUGAUCCGUCUGCAGGGCUGCGUGCUGCCGGCUUCACUUCUGCCCCAGGUUUUGGUUUCUGUGGCCGCGGAAAAUAAAAGUGCUCCUGCCUCCAGCCUAACCAUGUCGUCUCACAAGACUUUCAGAAUCAAACGAUUCCUGGCCAAGAAGCAAAAACAGAAUCGUCCCAUUCCUCAGUGGAUUCGCAUGAAGACUGGUAAUAAAAUCAGGUACAACUCCAAGAGGAGACACUGGAGGAGAACCAAGCUGGGACUGUAAGGAGUUCCACAUGAGCUGCAGCGCGUUUACCCUCUCAGAGGUCACAAGAUGAUACCCUCUUCAUCAUGGUCAAGAAAAUAUCACCGUAUCAAGCUUAAAAAAUACCUUUGGCUGGACAGUGGAAGAUGCUUAGUCAGGAAUCUUAAUCCUUUUCUGUGAUCAGUACUGAGAGAUCAAUAAUAAAUAUUUGAAACCUUGAAAAAA